AUGGGUUUUUUCGACCACCUUCAAACGAAGGGAAGCAUAGCCAUUCAACCCAAGCGGCCACAGAUCCGAAGAGUCGAAACAGCAACCAAGCCCGCCCAACCUACCACGUCGAGAGCGGCACCAGUCGCAUCAGAAUGUUCAGGCCCAAAACCAGCCCCUCACUCUCACCAACGCCGCAACCGCAAUCCCAACCCUCCCACAUCCAGUAGGCGCUCCUCCAGUUCCGCCCGCGCAAGUUCCACGGCGAGCGAUCCCACCCCGUCCCGGCAUCAUGACCCCGCCCCGCGUCUGAAAGCAAGAUCCUUGACGCGAAAGCGCCCAUCACUUAUCCAACGGUUAACGAGUAGUAGCGAUGAGAGCGAUACUGAAGCGUCUUUCCUUGAGAUUCGCAAGCGGAUGAAAGUUAGCACAAGCGCGGAACCAGAUUUACAACGCCAAGUUCGGUCGACGGUUGCGUUCGCGGAAGAUGCGGGGAAACAGACAAUCCCGAUAGUCCAUGCGUCUGAUAUCGCUUCGAUGGACAAACCUGCGGAGUUUUCAAGAGCGUUUGGUGAUGGGAGCGGUUCCGUUUCUGUAGAGCCUUUCAUGGUUCGGUUGCAGUAUCCUGGCAUUUCCCAGGGAGAAAACUACCAACUCGUUAUCCCUCGGGAAAAAGAAGGGUUCAAACCCUUGGAUGACAUAGUCCAUGUAGUCAGCAUAGUGUCACAACAUUACAUACCAGAGGAGCAUGUCCAUCUUUUCAACGACGAAACCACUGGGAUCAAUCGCCGCUUCAGACGCGCCUUGGCACAUGCUUCUGAAUCAGAAUUCACUGCAGUAGUGGAGGAAUACAACAAAAUCAUCAACCGGCUCCGAACUGACGGCAUCAUCGCGAAACACCUCGAUAACAUACACAGCCUGCCCCUCCCCCUAGUCGAACGAAUCCUCACCCAGACAUAUUCCCGCACGGUCUCCCCACGUGUAGAAUCCCUCCGACAGUACGAAAACGGCACAGACAACGUCUACGGCGAGCUCCUACCCCGUUUCAUCUCCGAUAUAUUCAAGCAAACCAAGCUAAAAUCCGACCAGGUAUUCGUCGACCUAGGUUCGGGAGUCGGCAAUGUCGUCUUACAGGCAGCCUUGGAAAUUGGCUGUGAGAGUUGGGGUUGCGAGGUGAUGCAGAACGCCUGCGACGUAGCAGAGCUGCAGGGGAGAGAAUUCGAAGCACGCUGUCGACUCUGGGGACUUUCGCCGGGCAUUGUCCGACUUAUCCGCGGCUCUUUCCUGACGGAAGAAAGCAUCAUUAGAGCGCUGCAUCGAGCCGAUGUCGUGCUCAUUAAUAACCAAGCAUUUACGCCGCAGUUGAACAAUGAGAUCAUCAACCACUUUCUCGACAUGAAAGAAGGAUGUCAGAUUGUGUCUUUGAAGUCUUUUGUGCCCGCGGGGCAUCGGAUUCAGGCGCGGAAUUUGAAUUCGCCGGUUAAUCUGUUGUCGGUUAAGCAGAAGAAUUACUGGUCCGGUAGCUUCGAGGCUUAA